UGCGCGCCGGCGCCGGACCAUGGAGCGCGGGCUGCACCUCGGCGCGGCCGCCGCGGGCGAAGACGACCUCUUCCUGCACAAGAGCCUGAGCGCCUCCGCCGCCAAGCGCUUAGAGGCGGCUUUCCGCUCCACGCCCCCGGGCAUGGACCUGUCCCUGGCGCCGCCGCCUCGGGAGCGCCCGGCGUCCUCCUCCUCGUCGCCCCUGGGCUGCUUCGAGCCGGCUGACCCCGAGGGGGCAGGGCUGCUGCUGCCGCCGCCCGGGGGAGGCGGCGGUGGCGGUGCGGGAGGAGGCGGCGGCGGCGGGGUGGGCGUCCCGGGGCUGCUGGCGGGCUCUGCCGGCGUUGGGGGCGACCCUAGCCUGAGCAGCCUGCCGGCCGGGGCCGCCCUAUGCCUCAAAUACGGCGAGAGCGCCAGCCGGGGCUCGGUGGUCGAGAGCAGCGGCGGCGAGCAGAGCCCCGACGACGACAGCGACGGCCGCUGCGAGCUGGUGCUGCGGGCCGGGGGCGCCGACCCGCGGGCCUCCCCGGGCGCGGGAGGCGGCAGCGCCAAGGCGGCCGAGGGCUGCUCCAACGCCCACCUCCACGGCGGCGCCAACGCCCCCCCGGGGGGCCCGGGCGGCGGCGGAGCUGGCGGCGGGGGUGGUGGCGGCAGCGGCGGCAGCGGCGGCAGCAGCAAGAAAUCCAAAGAGCAAAAGGCGCUGCGGCUCAACAUCAACGCCCGGGAGCGCCGGCGGAUGCACGACCUGAACGACGCGCUGGACGAGCUGCGCGCGGUGAUCCCCUACGCGCACAGCCCCUCGGUGCGGAAGCUCUCCAAGAUCGCCACGCUGCUGCUCGCCAAGAACUACAUCCUCAUGCAGGCGCAGGCCCUGGAGGAGAUGCGGCGCCUCGUCGCCUACCUCAAUCAGGGCCAGGCCAUCUCGGCCGCCUCGCUGCCCAGCUCCGCGGCGGCGGCGGCGGCGGCCGCUGCCCUGCACCCGGCUCUCGGCGCCUACGAGCAGGCUGCCGGCUACCCUUUCAGUGCCGGGCUGCCCCCGGCCGCCUCCUGCCCGGAGAAGUGCGCCCUGUUCAAUAGCGUCUCCUCCAGCCUCUGCAAACAGUGCACGGAGAAGCCUUAAACGCCCCCCUCCCCG